CUGACUCUGCGGGAGUCAUGUCAGGGGACCCUGGGAGCCAAUCUGCUUGAGCUUCUACGUGAUAAUUAUUCAUGGGCUCCUGCCUCUUGCUCUUUCUCUAGCACGGUCCCACUCUGCAGACUCAGUGCCUUACUCAGACUCCUCUCUCGCUCUCUCCGCGGCUACAGCUGGACCCUUCUCCUACGCCUUCGCCACCGCUCCACGCGUGCACAUCCCUACAAUGGCUAAAACAGCAAUGGCCUACAAGGAGAAAAUGAAGGAGCUGUCCAUGCUGUCACUGAUCUGCUCAUGCUUCUACCCAGAACCUCGCAACAUCAACAUCUACACUUAUGAUGAUAUGGAGGUGAAGCAAAUCAACAAACGUGCCUCCGGCCAGGCUUUUGAGCUGAUCUUAAAGCCACCAUCUCCCAUCUCAGAAGCUCCACGAACCUUAGCUUCUCCAAAGAAGAAAGACCUGUCCCUGGAGGAGAUCCAGAAAAAGCUGGAGGCUGCCGAAGAAAGAAGAAAGUCUCAGGAGGCUCAGGUGCUGAAACAAUUGGCAGAGAAGAGGGAGCAUGAGCGAGAAGUCCUCCAGAAGGCUUUGGAAGAGAACAACAACUUCAGCAAGAUGGCGGAGGAGAAGCUGAUCCUGAAAAUGGAACAAAUUAAGGAAAACCGUGAGGCUAAUCUAGCUGCUAUCAUUGAACGUCUGCAGGAAAAGGAGAGGCAUGCUGCAGAGGUGCGCAGGAACAAGGAGCUGCAGGUUGAACUGUCUGGCUGAAGCAGUGGCGGGUAUGGCACGUCCCUCCCAUAGUAAACCCCCUGCCUAUAUUAUAAUGGAUCAUGAGCUAUCAGUAUGGGAAAUGUAUGACAUGGUUUAAAAAGAACUCAUUAUUAAAAACAAAACAAAAAACAGAAUCAAAAAUAAAAUAAAAUCAAUGCGGUCUCUUUGCAGAAUGUUUUGCUUGAUGUUUAAAAAAGUACCUUGAAUCUUAUUUUGUAAAUAUUUACAUUUUUGUUAAAAAAUACAAGUAUUGCAUUAUGCAAGUUAUUUCAUAAUCUUACAUGUCCUGUAACAGGCUUUUGAUGUUGUGUCUUUCCACUCAAAUGAAUUUGCAAGGUCUGUUCUUUUCAAAGCUCCCCAUGCGGAAUUCUAGUCCCUGCCCUUUUCAUUCCAGCAGAAAAAGGAGGUCAGUAGACAGUCUAUGGUGCUAGAAACCCACCAUUGCCUAAUGACCUAGAUGACUUCAGAAUCUCUGAGCUUGACCAAGACCACACCUAGAUGCCAGGUAGUGUGUCUCCAUGUGAACCUCCACAUUUGUCUGCUCAUAACCUGCCUCCUGCCUAGAAACCACAAAGCCAGGCUAAGGAAAACCACCGAGCAUAGCACUUCCUUCUGCUUCUUCUGCACAGUGUGCUACAAAUGUGUUUGGGUUUUAGAAAGGGAUGGAUGGGAAGACAGACCUGAGCUCAAUCAGGGUAGAGGCAAAAGGCUGAACCUUUUCCAGUGCUGAACACAAAUGCAAAGCCGAAGGAAGGGUUCAAGGAGCCCUGAAAUCAUUCUUCAUGAAGUGGGCUUACUUCUCUUGUUUCAGUUAUUUUGAUGGAAUGAAUUAAUUAGCGUGUCGGGUGGCUUAUUUGUGGAUGCCAUGGGUGAUGAUGUUCAUUUUAAGCUUUUGCCUGUAGUACAAGCACAUGAUGCUGCUGGAUAUUUUUCCACUUGGAGACUGUGAGCUGGUUGUUGCAUUAAAAACACAAACAAAAUCACGAACACUGUGGACUUUUCACUCAAGCUGGUCUUUCCUCCCCAGUGUAGGGCAAUCCUGCCUAUCAACAAAACCAAAUCACUCCAUCUGUGAAGCUGACGCAGUUAGGGGGGCUAGGCAGGGCAUUUGUGCCAACUAAAAGAAUCAGCAGAUACCCAGCAUAAGUACCUAUUGCAGUUUUGAAGUCGUUUUUCCCCCAACUCCCAACUCCCGAAGGUUGCUGCCUGCAUAUUUACUCUUCAUUAGUGCUAUUUUCCUGUAUGUCAUUGUGAGCAAGCUGUGAUGAAUAAAGAAUUGGAGUUCUGUGAACUAAUAA